AUGCGUGGAUUCAUUGGAGCAAGAGAUUUAAGAGUUGGAAUGUUUGCUUUGUAUUCAAUCGAAAUUGGCAACAGGGAGCAGCUGGGUUCCAUGCCUCCUCAGCAAACUCAGAUACCAAGGCCCGAUCUUGAUAAGUAUCUCAAGAAAAAACUUUUGCUCAACAAGCGUCCUGCUUUACAGAGUUCUGAAACUCAACCACAUCAUCAAGAUCUUGCUGUUUUGAUCUUCACUAGUUCAUGUUCCAAUUCAACACAGACUUCUUCAUCUUUGAUUCUUGAGUAA